AUGCGCGCUCGUUGGUGCGCGGUAGACUGAGGGAAGACGGGACCCGGCUGGCGCCCCAGAGUGCGCGCGUGCGCCGUCGCGAGCUUGCCGCCGCCGGGGCCGCGGUGUGGGAGCGGGUGUGAGACCGCCGUGCGAGCCGCGGGAAUGUUCCGAAAGGCCCGGCGAGUGAACGUGCGCAAGCGGAAUGACUCGGAGGAGGAGGAGCGAGAGCGCGAUGAGGAGCAGGAGCCGCCACCGUUGCUGCCGCCGCCGGGCACCGGCGAAGAACCGGGCUCUGGCGGCGGCGGCGGCGGCGACAGGGCCCCUGGGGGGGAGUCGCUGCAGGGCCCCGGGCUGCUGCCGCCUUCCGCGCUGACCCCAGGCUCCGGGGCUGAGGCCGGGGGCUGCUUCCCCGGCGGCGCGGAGCCCGGCAAUGGGCUGAAGCCGCGCAAGAGGCCGCGAGAGAACAAAGAGGUACCCCGCGCCAGCCUGCUCAGCUUCCAGGACGAGGAGGAAGAAAACGAAGAAGUUUUCAAAGUGAAGAAAUCAAGUUACAGCAAAAAGAUAGUAAAGUUACUUAAGAAAGAAUAUAAAGAAGAUCUUGAAAAAUCAAAGAUUAAAACAGAACUCAACUCAUCAACAGACACUUUUUUCACAAAUGUAGGUGAACCACCUUUGGACAAAUCAGGACAUGUUAAGGACACCAGUCAAGAGGAUGGGCUGAUCAUCAGUGAACACGGUGAAGAUGAAAUGGAUAUGGAAAGUGAGAAGGAGGAAGAAAAGCCGAAAGCUGGUGGAGCCUUUUCAAACGCUUUAUCUUCUUUGAAUGUUCUCCGUCCAGGAGAAAUUCCCGAUGCAGCUUUUAUACAUGCUGCAAGGAAGAAGCGUCAAAUGGCCCGAGAAUUAGGAGAUUUCACUCCUCAUGACAAUGAGCCUGGUAAAGGCCGCCUUGUUAGAGAAGACGAGAAUGAUGCCAGCGAUGAUGAAGAUGAUGAUGAGAAGCGCCGCAUAGUUUUUUCUGUGAAGGAAAAGUCACAAAGACAAAAAAUCGCUGAGGAAAUAGGCAUCGAGGGGAGUGAUGAUGAUGCCUUAGUAACUGGAGAACAAGAUGAAGAGCUCAGCCGAUGGGAACAGGAGCAAAUAAGAAAAGGAAUUAAUAUCCCUCAGGUUCAAUCAAGUCAGCCCACUGAAGUGAAUAUGUACUACCAGAACACUUACCAGACGAUGCCUUACGGUUCCUCCUAUGGCAUUCCUUAUAGUUACACUGCCUACGGAUCAUCUGAUGCCAAAUCUCAAAAAACAGAUAAUACAGUCCCUUUCAAAACUCCCAGUAAUGAGAUGACUCCCGUUACUAUUGAUUUGGUAAAGAAACAGCUUAAAGACAGGUUGGACUCCAUGAAAGAACUGCACAAAACAAAUCGACAGCAGCAUGAGAAACAUCUGCAAAGCCGAGUGGACUCUACCAGGGCUAUUGAAAGAUUAGAAGGGUCUUCUGGGGGUAUUGGUGAACGGUAUAAAUUUUUGCAAGAAAUGCGAGGGUAUGUCCAAGACUUGCUUGAGUGUUUCAGUGAAAAGGUGCCACUGAUUAAUGAACUUGAAUCAGCAAUACAUCAGCUGUACAAACAGCGAGCUUCCCGCCUUGUCCAAAGACGACAAGAUGAUAUUAAAGAUGAAUCUUCGGAGUUUUCAAGCCAUUCAAAUAAAGCUCUGAUGGCACCAAAUCUUGAUUCCUUUGGGCGAGAUCGGGCACUGUAUCAAGAGCAUGCAAAACGUAGGAUUGCAGAACGGGAGGCCAGGAGGACUCGUCGGAGACAAGCCAGAGAGCAAACCGGUAAGAUGGCAGAUCACCUUGAAGGCCUUUCCAGUGAUGAUGAAGAAACUUCUACAGAUAUUACAAAUUUCAAUCUGGAAAAAGAUCGCAUUUCAAAGGAGUCCAGCAAGGUUUUUGAAGAUGUCCUUGAAAGUUUCUAUUCAAUCGACUGUAUUAAGUCCCAGUUUGAGGCAUGGCGUUCAAAAUACUAUCUGUCCUACAAGGAUGCUUACAUCGGUCUUUGUUUGCCAAAGCUAUUCAACCCCCUUAUACGGCUGCAGCUUCUCACUUGGACUCCUCUUGAAGCAAAAUGUCGUGACUUUGAGAAUAUGCUAUGGUUUGAAUCUUUGCUGUUUUAUGGCUGUGAAGAACGAGAGCAAGAGAAAGAUGAUGUAGACGUUGCGCUGCUGCCCACCAUUGUGGAAAAGGUGAUUCUUCCGAAACUAACAGUAAUAGCUGAAAAUAUGUGGGACCCUUUUUCUACAACACAGACUUCAAGAAUGGUUGGAAUUACACUAAAAUUAAUAAAUGGAUAUCCUUCAGUAGUGAAUGCAGAAAACAAAAAUACACAGGUGUACCUAAAAGCCCUCUUACUAAGAAUGAGGAGAACUUUAGAUGACGAUGUUUUCAUGCCCUUAUAUCCCAAAAAUGUCUUGGAAAAUAAAAAUUCUGGGCCUUACUUGUUUUUUCAACGACAGUUUUGGUCUUCAGUUAAGCUAUUAGGGAAUUUUCUUCAGUGGUAUGGCAUUUUCUCGAAUAAAACUCUUCAGGAAUUGUCAAUAGAUGGUUUAUUAAAUAGAUACAUUCUCAUGGCUUUUCAGAAUUCAGAGUAUGGAGAUGACAGCAUCAAAAAAGCCCAAAAUGUAAUCAACUGUUUCCCAAAGCAGUGGUUCAUGAACCUGAAAGGAGAAAGAACUAUUUCUCAGUUAGAAAACUUCUGUCGGUACCUUGUACACUUAGCCGACACAAUCUAUAGAAACAGUAUCGGGUGUUCCGAUGUGGAAAAAAGAAAUGCAAGGGAAAACAUAAAACAGAUAGUAAAACUCCUUGCAAGUGUUCGCGCUCUGGAUCAUGCUAUGUCAGUUGCAAGUGACCACAAUGUGAAAGAAUUUAAGUCUUUGAUUGAAGGAAAAUAGACCCUAUUUGCUUUAAUACCAUUCCCAGUGUAUAAAUUUUGUAUAUAUGUAAAGUUUCUUAAACUGUAAAAUACUGAUUCUUGUUUUAAUACAAAGAACAUUAAUAUUCAUUACUGUGUCCUUAAAUGCAAUUUCUUUGGAAUGAAUGGAACUCACAUUAUUUCUAGGAAGCCUAUUCAUGUUUUCCUUACUGCCUGUCAUACUCUGUUUACAGAAGUAUUUUAUAUGGUCAUUCAGAUUAACCCUCUCAGUUCAUUGUUCUCUGUAAACGAUGUGUGCAGUGUAAAUUGUGUAAUUAUGCAUAUAUAUAUAUUUAUACCACCAUGGAUUUAACUUUCACACUGGAAAUUUGUGGUGUUUUUCUACAGAGUAAGCCUUUUCACAGCAGAAAAUUAUUCAGUAGUAAAUUGUCUUAGGGAAAUUACUACACUGUUGCAACAAAAGGGCUGGCAAGUGACUAAGUGUUCAUUACCUUUCGGUUAGCAGUUGCUAUCAUUGUAGCUUUGCUGCCUUAAAAUUGAGAGUCGGAUGUGGACUUAGUCAUUGGGUGAAUGGAAACUUUUUUCCUUGAAUCAGCGUUACGGUCAAAUAUGGGUUGAAUAUGAACUCUAAAUAAUAUAUGCAACAUGGGUUUUUGAGGAGAACACAGAAGCUUAACUUUGGGAAAUAAGAGCCCCACAAACCUCACUGCAUGGUUUUGGGCUGAGUGUCCUAUCUCAUGAUUUUACCCCCUGACCGGCUUACAAAAAUACAUGCAUUUGAAUUUUAGUAGUCUGUCAUUUUAUUUAAAAUCCCACAUAUGUGAGUUAUAUAUGCAAUAAAGAAUAUGCCUUGCUGAUUAGCUACACCCAGGCAAUUUAAUAUCCUUGGUCUUCUAUAAUGUUUAUACCAUGUUGUAAAUAUUCAGAGAACUUGUUUUAAAGUUUAUGCUUUCUGAUUCUGUGAUUUUCAAAAGAGGAACUUUUUGGAAAUUAAGGACUAUUGUUUGAUAAUUAUAUAUGUAAUUAAGCUUUAGCCAAGCAUUAAAUUAAUUUUUAAAUAGA